AUGAAGGCCACGUCCAGCGUGACCCCCCUCGCCCCCUCCGCCACCUCGCUUCCUGCCUCCUGUCCUCCCCGCAGCCACGACAAGGGACCCGAGGCUGAGGAGGGCGUCGAGCUGCAAGAAGGCGGGGACGGUCCUGGGGCGGAGGAGCAGACGGCGGUGGCCAUCGCCAGCGUCCAGCAGGCGGCGUUCGGUGACCACAACAUCCAGUACCAGUUCCGCACAGAGAAUAAUGGAGGACAGGUGACAUACCGCGUAGUCCAGGUGACUGAUGGUCAGCUGGACGGCCAGGGGGACACGGCUGGUGCUGUCAGCGUCGUGUCCACCGCUGCUUUUGCUGGGGGGCAGCAGGCUGUGGCCCAGGUGGGUGUGGAUGGGGCCACCCAGCGUCCCGGCCCUACCGCUUCCUCCGUGCCCCCAGGUCCAGCAGCCCCCUUCCCCCUGGCUGUAAUCCAAAACCCCUUUAGUAAUGGUGGCAGCCCAGCAGCUGAGGCUGUCAGUGGAGAGGCAAGGUUUGCCUAUUUCCCAGCGUCCAGUGUGGGCGAUUCCACAGCUGUGUCGGUGCAGACCACAGACCAGAGCUUGCAGGCAGGAGGCCAGUUCUAUGUCAUGAUGACGCCCCAGGAUGUGCUUCAGACAGGAACACAGAGAACAAUUGCACCCCGGACGCACCCCUACUCUCCAAAAAUCGAUGGAACCAGAACGCCCCGGGAUGAGAGGAGGAGAGCCCAGCACAAUGAGGUAGAGCGGAGGCGGAGGGACAAAAUCAACAACUGGAUCGUGCAACUUUCCAAAAUCAUUCCAGAUUGUAACGCGGACAACAGUAAGACAGGAGCGAGUAAAGGGGGGAUCCUGUCGAAGGCCUGCGAUUACAUCCGGGAACUCAGGCAGACCAACCAGCGCAUGCAGGAGACCUUCAAGGAGGCCGAGCGACUGCAGGUGGACAAUGAGCUUCUCCGACAGCAGAUCGAGGAGCUGAAGAAUGAGAACGCCCUCCUCCGAGCCCAGCUACAGCAGCACAACCUGGAGCUGGUGGGCGAAGGUACCCGGCAGUGACGCAGGGUGGACCCUCGGUGCCCGUCGCCCGGUGCCCGUGCGCCGCCGGCCUCGCUGCCCUCCCCAGCCCUUAGCACACAGAGGGGCGACGCCCCUCCCCCAGCUGCGAUUUUUUUAUAGUAGAUUUUUAACAAACACGGGGAGACAUACAUGCAUUUCUGUGGAUACAUUGCCCACCACCCUCCUCAACUUGGAAAUGAGUCCCUGUCCGUCCGUCCGUCUGUCUGUCUGUCUCCCGGUCUGCACCAGGCGCCCCCCACCCUCCUUCCAGGGGACAGAGGCCCUGCCCUUCCCACUGCCUCCUUGGUCUCUAGAGGAAUUGAGACAGGGUGCUUAUGGGAAGAAAGGAGCUUUGGGGGAGGGGGGCCCUCUGGUCCCUGGGCCUAUGCAGGGAGGCCUUGUCCCACCCCACCUCUUGUUUCUGGAUCCCUGCUCCCCCGAGUGUGUGUGCGCGUGUAUGUGUGUGUGCGUGUGUGUGUGUGUGCGCGCGCGUGUGUGUGUGUGUGUGUGUUUUAAUUUUCUUUAUGGAAAAGUGGACAAAAAAAAUAGAGAGGUAUUUAACUGCAAUAAACUGGCCCCCUGCGGCCCCCGCC